AUGAGCGACUCAGGACAGGCAGCUAACAAGCACAAGAUGGUCGACGGCCUGCGCGACCUUUCUAAUACCGCACCGCUGACUACCCUUCAACCGUCGAGCGACAAACACACCCUCGCAACACUCCCUCAACACCUGCCCCCGUCACCCCCGACGACCACGUAUUCAAAUGAGCUCGAAGGGCAACAAAUCUUUGGCGGAUCAGCUGGCCAAGUUGACGUUGGCGCAAGAGGCGCAACAGAGUUCUACGACGGAGGAGAACAGCACGGAUAUCAACAGCACUGCUACAACCAGUACUCCUGGAGCAGACCGGCGUGCGGCAGCUGGCUACCUUCCACCACACCGCCGCCAGAGACAACCGCAGGCCAGUUCUACGCAGGCAAUUUGUAUGGUCUUCAGCCCCAAUAUGCUGCUCCUCAGCAAAGCUGGUGGAACCAUGAAUAUCAACAGCCGCUGACACAGUCCUACUAUUCAGCUGCACCGUCGCAGCAGUAUCAGCAAGCAACAAACUACCCGCUGAACGCUAACUCGCUCUCGUUCACGCCUGCAUUUCAGCAGAACUCUGAAUACUCACAGACUAGCUCUGUACCCACGCCAACCGCCCCGUCGCACGAGAAGAAGAAGAGGGAGAAGAAGUCUCGUAGACAGAAACGCCUUGAGAAGCUCUCUGCCGCUGGGGGACCUGAUCUUCUCAGCAACCUCGAUCUUUGGGCACGAGCUCCUCUCCCCGAACGCAGCGAGGUAGGAGCACCAGUAGAGAAGCAGGAGGCUGCACAACUGUCCUCCACCGCAUCUACCCCAGCACCACAAGCGAAGAAGAAGUUCAAUCCCCGCGAGACGAAGCGACUUUACAUCAUGCAGCGUCCAACCCCGACGUCCACGUACCUUCACUAUGCGACGCAGCCGCCACAAACUAUGGAUUUCUCGCGGCCACUGCUCGUCAUCUUGGACCUGAACGGUACAUUGCUGUAUCGCAAGACUUUCGGCGGAAGCAACGCAUUCACCCCACGGCCGCACGUGUACGACUUCCUCGACUACUUGUUCAACAACCACACCGUCAUGGUCUGGUCCUCAUCGAAACCCGAGAACGUCGCCAGGAUGUGCUCUGACCUCUUCACCUCUGAGCAGCGAUCGAAACUGGCUGCCGUCUGGGCCCGCGACAAGCUGCGAAUUCCCGCCAAUGCCUACAAUCAGAAAGUCCAGGUCUACAAGCAGCUGUCGUGGGUCUGGAACGAUGCGGAGAUUCAAGCAAGCAAUCCGGUCUCGGGUGGUGUGUGGACGCAAGCCAAUACGGUGCUCAUCGACGAUAGCAUUGAGAAGUCGGUCAGCGAGCCGCACAACCUCAUUGAGCUGGAGGAGUUUGAGGCGAAGCCGACGCAGAUGGAGACGAAUGUGUUGGAUUCCGUGGCGCGUUAUCUGGAUGAUUUGCGGUCUCAGCGUGAUGUCAGCGCGUACAUGAGGUUGUGUCCUUUCGUGUACGACCCGAGUCAGCCGGGUAAGGUCAUUGGGCAGGAGAAGAAGAAUUCGCGGAAGGAUGAUAUUGAUGAACUCAUCAAGCGAGUCACGGGAGGAGCUUGA